AUCGAUUCUUGGGUGGCAAGUCAGUCUCCAUCCCCGCCGCUCAACCCCACCAUGGCGACGCCCGUGGUUACCAUCGACACGCAGCAUGACGACAUGAUUCAUGAUGCCCAACUCGACUAUUACGGCAAGCGCCUCGCGACUUGUUCGUCGGACCGAACCGUCAAGGUCUACGACGUCACCCACGACUCUCAACAUACCAACGAACAAGUGCUGACUGGCCAUGAAGGUCCCGUGUGGCAAGUGAGCUGGGCGCAUCCCAAGUUUGGAACGCUCUUGGCAACGUGCUCGUAUGAUGGCAAGGUUAUCAUCUACAAGGAAGCCCAGUUGGGAAAAUGGUCUCAAGUCCACGUACAUGCGUUCCACCAAGCAUCAGUGAACUCGAUCGCUUGGGCUCCAUACGAAUACGGUUUGACUCUAGCAUGUGCCUCGGCCGACGGCAAAGUGUCGAUCUUGACACAUACUGCUGCGGAAGGCUGGACCUCGAGUUUUUUCCAAGACAGUACGCUCGGGUGUAAUGCCGUGAGCUGGGCUCCGUUUCACAGCGCUGGACGUCAAGGCAAGCGUGUCGUGACAGGUUCCUGCGACAACUCGGUGAAAGUCUGGUUCCUCGCCGACGGCGCGGUGGAAUGGGUCAAGGAAGACUUGGCGCAGUCAACUCCCCAUCAUGGCGAUUGGGUGCGCGAUGUCGCGUGGGCGCCAUCGACUGGCGCGCCGAUCAGCAUGAUUGCGAGCGCGUCGGAAGACCGCACCGUCGCGAUCUGGACGCAGGUCAACGACGAGCGGUGGACGAAGGAAGUUCUGCACACAUUCGAAGCCCCCGUGUGGCGCGUGAGUUGGUCCAUCACGGGCAAUGUCCUCGCCGUGUCGAGUGGCGACCACAAAGUCACGUUGUGGAAGGAAUCCCUUGACAAGAAGUGGGUCCAGAUCUCGUCCGUCGACGAAGUCGGCGCGUUGCACCAAGCCAAGGAGUAGUCGAUCUAACCCCUCGAUAAUCACGACCAUUGCCAGGUGAAAAAACGUCGA